AUGGCUUGGGGAAAACCAAACGCUCAUUGGAUCAGGUCCCGAGAGGUUGAGACUCUCCCGGACAGCGGAUGCAACUUGUGCUUUGCCUCUGAGAAGAUACUCGCCGGGAGUGAUGCAACCUUCAUCUUGCAGCAUCAUUCCCCCGACUUCAAGUGCGAGUGCCAGCAUUACCCAGCAGUUAUACGUGUCACCCAACAUGACCUGGCCGUGACUUGUGAGACUCACAAGGCCAUGAUGGAACACAUCCUCAAAUUGUACACUGAAUUCUUGGACAAGAUGCUUGCCUCUCGGAUCUACAAACGUACGUAUCCCGCCUAUGGCGUGGAACUCUGUCGAUCCCGAGAGAGCGUGCCGACUAUCACGAUUCUUGACCACAAGUGCCGCAGCAGAAAGUCCUAUGAAUUCAUCCUGCGAAAGCCUCCAAACUCCAACGCAUCGUCUGGAGAAACCACGAUCGACGUCUCCUGGAUAGACCUUAGUCGCGCCACUAAGUGGAAGGACAAUUGCAUCGAUCGAAUGGGAAUACAAUGUCGAGAAUCAGACAGGUCCAUAGUGGUGGCCCCAGACUGGCUCAUCGAUACCCAAGAAGACUGCCUCGUGCGUGGCGACAAGUCAAUGAGAUUCGUCGCCUUGAGCUACCGAUGGGGAACAUCCGUCUGGUCUAGAGUAGGCCUCGAUAGGAUCAAUGAGAUGCGAAUACCGGGCGGUCUCUCUGACAGCUUCAUCACCAAGCUGCCCAUCAUCAGGGAUGCCAUACACGUUGUCCAAAAUAUCAGGGAGCGCUACCUAUGGGUGGAUGCAGUGUGCAUCAUACACGAAGCCAGGGACCAUCUGUCAAAUCAGAUUCAAAACAUGGGUGCAAUCUACGCAUCCGCCAAAUUCACCAUCAUCUCCACCGAUGGCGAUGCCAUGAGUGGCCUCCCCGGCCUCCAAAACUGCUCUUCGCCUCGAAAGCUUGAAGGCAUCUUCCCAUGGACCGAGGAUCGAGAGAUCUUCGUCAGGGACCUCCCCUCCGUCAGUCAUAUAUUCGUGCCUGAAUACUUCAAAAGGGGCUGGACUUUCCAAGAGUACAUUCUCUCUCAUCGCCGCCUCAUCUUUGCCAACCAGCAGAUUCACUGGACCUGCCACUGCGGAACAUGGCAUGAAGAUCUCCCAAAUCUACGCUCUCCGAUGGAUGAAGCCAAUGAAACUGUCCUGCAGUCCUCGAAGAUCUUGAGACGCCGCCCUGAUCUCAACGUGUUGGGCAACCUCCUCCGCUCGUACAACAACCUCGGGAUGACCUACCAAGAAGAUGCUCUGCCAGCGAUAGCAGGCAUCCUCAAACUCAUCAGUCCCUCCUUCGAAGGCGGCUUCCUCUUCGGAAUGCCCGUCCUGUGCUUCGAAGCCGCGCUGCUCUGGGGCACCAGAUUCUGGUACUACAACAUGGCCGGCGCCAAAUACAGAGGACUCACGAGGCGAGAACAUUCCGACAGGACUCGUGGUCUUCUUCCCAACGCCGAGCUGCCCUCAUGGUCUUGGAUCGGAUGGAAGAGCGACUAUCUGAGCCUCUUGAGGGAUGAAGAAGAUUACCAAGUGGUGACUUAUCCGAACCAGCCCCAAGAAGCUUCUUCGAGAUACGAGAAAUGGUUCACGUUCCCGACCGUCCACUGGUUCUGCCAGGACACUCCAACAUCCACCGACAGAUACCGCAUCAAGUCUUCCUGGUUCACGCCGUACAUAGAGCCCUGCAUCGAAGAAUUCAUCCCCGGCGGCUGGACAAGAGAAGAGUAUCCCGGCGCCAACGGUCCAGACAUCGAAAACACGCCCAGCGUCCCCUUUGGCAUCGCUGGCACAUACGUCUACAGCCACCCCGAAUUCCCAAACCGCCUGUUCUGGCGCCCCUUCCCGGUGCAUGCCAAGCGCGGUGCGAGGCAAAUGCGGCAAUGCAGAUUUCUCUCCUGCACCACGAAGCGAGCCUAUUUCACGUGUAUGCGAAAAACUGGCUGCACAAUGUUGGCCGGCGCCAUGGACUAUCAUCUCGAGCUAUUAGACUAUGACGACCAGGUUUGCGGCUGGGUCCAGCUCCCAACUGCCGAUACACCACUGCCCAGUCUCUCGAGAGCGGCCAGCCCUGAUAUCGAAGCUGAGGCUUGUAGCCCUGAUAUGGAAGAUGAGGCCAGCCCGGAUAUAGGAGAUGAGCCUGAAACUCCCCCAGACAUAAAAGAUGAGCCUGAAUCUCCCUCAAAUAUUCUUCCGUCUCCUCCCGACAGCCCUUCGCAGCAACUCUACGAACUCGUCGAGCUCGUCGUCGUCUGCCGGCGAUUAUACUCCGAGAGCAUCGAUCGUAAACAUGGUCUGUGGCUCAAGAGACGCGCCUACAAGCCUUUUUACGGCGUCCUCUGUAUCGAGUGGGUAAAUGGUGUAGCAUAUCGGAAGGGUUACGGCUAUGUGACGCAGGAAGCUUGGGAUGCACACGACGUUGACACUGUAAACUUGGUAUUAGGAUAG